UUUCGUAGCGAUCGGACGUCAGUGUGUAUAUCUGAUUUUUCGCUCAAUAGCAAUAAAUUUUUCAGAAUAAGCAUUUUAAGAAGCUGCUGGAAGUGAAACUCUUUGGGGUAAACAAAAUAAAUAAAUACAGUUAUGAAAUUGUGGCUAAUUUGGUGCGCUUUUAGCGUGCUCGCGGUGCCUGGGUACUAUGCCUCCUCCGGGAAAGGCGGAGUCGUUGGGCAGACCGUGGACAUUAUUCACUUGAUCAAGGAGGUCACUCAGACGAUCCUCCAUUCAUGGAGCGCUAUCGAGAAACUGCCCGUGGCGGAGGUCACCGCGGGAGCUGUGGUCUACCAGCAGCAGCAGAAACUGCUCAAUCAAAUGGAGGCUGUGAACGGGAAUAUCCGGCAACUGGAACAGCAGAACGCUCUCAGCACGGCCUUGACCAUUGAGACACUGCUGCGGAAAACGCAGGACCAGACGAUGCUUCUCACUCGACUCGCCCAGUUGAAGAGCCUGUUCAAGUUCGUUGAUUUGCGUUACUCCCAGCUGGCGGACUACGAGCAGCACAAGGACACCCUGGAGCCGAGCACGUUGAUCAAGUUCUCCCGCUGGAAUGUGGAUCCCGGCUCCGACUCACUGUCCUCGCAGCUGGAACUGCUGAUCGACUGCCUCUACGGCGAUGAUCCCUUGGCCACUAACAGUCAAAAUAAUACCCCUAGCUCCUUGCUCUCCGAUCUGACAGCCAGCUUCGAGGCGGCACCGGAGCAGAUGUGCCUAGCCCGGAAAUCGGCCCAGCAAUUUGCCUACCAGCUCUUCUCCACGGCCGCAUUUACGGAGCUCAAGGGAUACGCCAUGAUGGAGUACUCGUGGAUGGUACUGCGCCAGCUUAGACAGGGUAACUUCACCCAGGAGCUGCAGUUGAUGCGAGAGCACCACCAGAAGCGCUUGGCGAAGGCAAAGCGGGUGCUGCAGCAGGUCAUGUCGAAGAGCGGACGCGUUUACUGGCGCUGUGAUCCCAGCGGCCAGGAGCAGCACGUGGAGGAAGAGACCUAUUCACGCGUUACACGCCUGUUGCAGGGCUUCGUGGAGAACGAGAUUAACCUGAACGAGGAUCAGACCUGCUGGGGCACUUGCGAGGAUCACCACGACACCCGUUCCACGGGUUGUUAUCAGCCGGAGAAGGAGCUCUGUGGCCAGCAGCCCGCCUGCAAGGGCAGGCUCUACAACUGCGGCUUCAUUGAGUCGGAUAUGUCCAUCUGCCCCUCGUCGAAUGACUCUGUGAGGCGGUAUGAGUACAUCUCCAUCGAGGAUGGUCCCACAUUUGGCGAAAAGACCGAAGGGGAGUGCGGGGCCAAGGCGUUGCGGCCCUCCUCCUGGUCGUACUGGCUCUUCUGGCGCUGCCACUACUGCUUCUGCCUGUGCGACGAGCCAGGUCCAAAGUCCGAUCGCUACUUUAAUCUUCGCGACUCCGUAUCGGAUUUCGAGCGCAACAAGAUCGUAACUGGUGUCCGAUUCGUGAAGCGUCACCGCGUAUUCCACCUGCAGAUACAGCAGGGUGAGCUCCUGCCCCGCGGCACCAUGAAUAUCACAUCCCUGGAAUGGCAGCCCCUGAAGGAGCUGAAUCUCACCGAUCCGGAUGUACGCGAAGGCUACGACUAUCACACUCUGAGCAUAGACAGCCGAGCCCUGGAUCUGGAUGAAAUUGUGGCAAAUGCCACGCACCAAGUGGUCACAGGUGUACGUUUCCGUGUGCUCAACAAGCACCUGAACCUUGAGGCGCGCUUCAGUCCCUUCAACUUCUCAACCGGUCUCUUGGUGGAGCCGCAAACGAAGAGCUAUUGGCUGGGAAAUGCCAACGCUCAGCGCCAGAAGCUGAUCGUGAAGGACGGUGAUCUACCCACCGCCUCCGAGUUGCCGUCGCUACCACUAUCCAAGACCAACCAGUUCAUGGAGUUCACCAGCUCCAGCCAGCGAAAGGAUGCGGCCCAGAAUACAGUGCCAUUUAUGGAUGUGCAGGAGGUGCUUCCUCAGCCGCCGGUUCCGCUUGUUGGCGUUGGAAUCUAUCACAAAGGGCGACCCGGUUACGGAGGCUUCUUUGCUCCCAAGGUGGUGACUUUUGAUUUUUCCAAGAAUCUAUUGGAUUCUUUGAACUAAAUAUUAAGGAUUAUUUGUCUUUUACACUUGACCAAGCAGAACGUCACUCAAUGUAGCCAUAUACCAAGCCAUUCAACUUGAACCAAAUAUGAGAACUAUGUUAAGAAUAUUGUCUGCCAUAUGGUAUAAACUUUAUAAACCUAUAUUAAUCAUAAAACUUUAUAACGAUCAUCUCGAAUACUAGAUAUAAUGCCUUAUUUUCAUGUCACUCUUACUUACUUUCAUAUUAUCAUAGAUAUAAAUUCUC